AUGGCGGGGGGCUACUUUGAGCUCCCGGUCUCCCGCCGCUCCAGUGUGUCUGAUACCGGAGCAGGAUCAAACAAAAUAUCUUCAGUGUCACGUCAAGCAUCAUUGCCCCUGCCGAAUGAUGGUUUCCAAGGCCAGCAGACGUAUCAGGAUGGGACAUCGAAUGAUGUUAGCGCACGGGGCAGGAAUCGGAAUGCCAGCCUGCCCAAAACUACCAAUCGUGUCAAGUUCACGGUGGAUGAAGCAGAACGAUUGCAACAAUCCGGAGCUAGGGUUGAGUCCCGACUGGACCACAGGGGCACUGUGCUCCCUCAAAGACCCUUACCCACUGCCAACAUUCCUUUCAUCCAGGCAACGGGGCCCUUGGACCCUCCUGCCGUACCCUCACUGGUGGGAGAAAGCCCCAGCGCGCCAACCGAUGUCACUGGCCUGACGAUCAGCCACCAGACAAGCUCAUCGGGUGCCGGAAAGAUAGAGGAGCUUGGACUCUGUACAAAUGACAAAGGGCGGGCAAUAUCUCAUGCAAAGGAACGAGCUCAACGGCUAGCACCCCUUCUGAGCUCCCAUAAAUCUCCGAAGCCAAGCCCCCGCUCUAGCCUAGUGUCUUCAAUUGCGUCUACUCCGACUGAGAGUGUGUUUCCAAACGAAGAUGGGGAUGAGAUCCCUAUGAUCAGCUUUCCUGAGAAACAUCAACUAUUUGACGACUUAACAGACGAGGAUGAAUACACACCGCGCACAGCCAAAGCAUUUUAUCCUGCGCGACAAAUGUCCCGUCGAGAGUAUCCUUUCUUGCCUCGCAUUCGCCCUCCUUCGCCGGGACCUCUCUCUGGCCAGGUCACUCCCAGUGACGGCAGAGACUCAGGGACCUAUGUCGAACGGCCAACACACUACCGUGGAGGUGUUCUAUCCUCCAUCCUGAAGCUGUACGACAAGCAGACUGGAGGACCUCCAGACUACAGCCCCAACCGGAGCCGGUGGGGUCAUUCUAGAAAGGGGAGUUCCGCGGAAUUCAGUGAGCGUGGAUUCUCCCCUGAUCCUAUCUGGAAACCACAGCCACCUAGAAAAUGGUAUGAGAAAUCAUCUAGUCGGUCAAGCAGUACUUAUACUGGAUCUGGCUCGUCAAAGAGCUCCUCCCCGAUUGCUAUGCUGAAGCGAUCUCGCAGCAGCAAUGCAAUUGGGACUAAGGGGCAUCGAUGGGCCAGGGCAGACCACCUCGCAGAUGAAAUCCGGAUCACAGUUCAUAUUGCGGAAACUCUCUCCCGCCAGCGAUAUCUCAUCCGGCUUUGUCGUUCCCUGAUGAAGUACGGUGCCCCGACCCAUCGCUUAGAGGAAUAUAUGCGGAUGACUGCCCGCGUGCUGGAGAUAGAUGGCCAGUUUCUGUAUUUCCCCGGUUGCAUGAUCAUCUCCUUUGAUGACGCUGCCACGCGCACGACGGAGGUUAAAGUCGUCCGGUCUAGCCAAGGAGUGGACCUUGGCCGGUUGGCAGAUGUACACGAGAUCUACAAGGAGGUAAUCCACGACGUAAUCGGAGUGGAAGAAGCUAUCCAGCGAUUGGACGAGACGAAAACAAGGCCCAACAAAUACCAUCUCAUCCUCCAAAUCUUGGCCCACGGCUGCGCAAGCGCCUGUGUCGGACCCUUUGCGUUCAACGCCCGACCAAUCGACAUGCCAAUCGCUUUCUUACUGGGAUGUCUCCUCGGUAUCCUGCAACUGAUUCUCUCACCGAGAUCAAGCCUCUACUCCAACGUCUUCGAGGUCUCAGCGGCAGUGCUAACAUCAUUCUUGGCUCGCGCCUUCGGAAGUAUCCGAUACCAAGGCGAUCCACUAUUCUGUUUCUCAGCGCUGGCCCAAUCAUCCAUUGCCCUAAUCUUGCCGGGAUACACGGUCCUUUGCGCAAGCCUAGAACUUCAAUCCGGUAGUAUCAUCGCCGGAUCCGUGCGCAUGGUCUAUGCAAUUAUCUAUUCUCUAUUCCUGGGAUUUGGAAUCACAAUCGGCACAGCUGUAUAUGGUCUCCUAGACACCCAAGCUUCAACGGAAUACACAUGCCCCGCUAGCCCCAUCAACAAUGAGUACCUCCAACGCUUUCCAUUCGUGUUACUCUUCACUAUCUGCUUAGCCCUCGUGAACCACUCCAAGCUGAAACAGAUCCCUAUGAUGCUCGUCAUCUCCUUUGCUGGCUAUGUGGUCAGCUACUUCAGCGGGAAGCGCUUUUACUCUAAUACCCAAGUAUCGAAUGCCCUUGGUGCCUUCGUUAUUGGUCUCCUUGGAAACUUCUACAGUCGCCUCCGUCAUGGUCUUGCAGCAGCAGCAAUGCUGCCAGCUAUAUGGGUGCUUGUGCCUUCCGGUCUGGCGGCUAGUGGAUCCUUGAUCUCGGGGAUCACCUCGGCGGAAGAAAUGACUCGCACCCGGUAUGCUGUGGUGAGCAAUGGAACGCAGGGCUUUGUUGAUGCGGCGAAGAACCUAUCUGCUUCUCAAGCCCGUGACCAGAGUUAUGGCGUGGCUUUCGAUAUUGGCUAUGGUAUGGUUCAGGUUGCCAUCGGGACGACUGUGGGUUUGUUCCUGGCUGCACUUGUGGUGUAUCCGCUGGGUAAAAAGCGCAGUGGACUGUUUAGCUUUUGA